AAGCAGAGCAGCACCGCCUGAAUCGGAUGUUUUCCUUCCUCCUCUGUUCUUUCUUCUCUUUCUUUCCCUCGCCCCUCGCCACACUUCUCCUUCUCCUCCCCCAUAAAUUUCUCUUCUUUGACUCUUUCUCUCUCUUCUCUCUCUCUCCUCCGCGUCUCCGCUUUUCCAGGGUGCUUUCCUUCUCCUUCUCCGCGACCCAUCUCCCAUCGCCUCCCUGUGAAGCGACCCAGUUGAGCUCCCAUGGCGAAUUUCGCCCCCUUCCCGUCUUCUUCCCUGGAGAAGCCCCCGAGCUUCUUCACCGCCUCCUCCUCCUCCUCCUCCUCUGCCCCUCCGGCUGAUGCUGCUGCCGGCGGCGGCGGCGGCGACGACGUCUUCGAGGAGGACGGCUGCAGCAUCUGCCUCGAGUGUUUCACCUCCCAGGACCCCGCCACUGUUACGACUUGCAAUCAUGAAUAUCACCUUCAAUGUAUUCUUGAAUGGUCACAAAGAAGCAAAGAAUGCCCAAUCUGUUGGCAGUUACUUUCCCUGAAGGACCCUGGCAGCCAAGAGCUUCUCAGUGCUGUUGAGCAGGAAAGAAAGAGAAGGUCGAGGAACAGAUCUACCCCUUCACCGACCACUGUCAUCAGUUUCCCUGAGGAUUUUGGCAUCGGACAAGAUCUUUCCUCACAAGAUGUCUCAGAUAUUGAUGAGCGUGUUCUGCAGCAUUUAGCUGCUGCAGUGAGUAGGGCUCAUUAUGUACGCAGAAGGGAGAGACAGAGAUCCUCUGGACUUGGUUCUUCCAGAGUCCGUGUUUCUAGCUCUCCAGACAAUUCCCCCGGGAUGCACCAUUCACACCUGACUAAUACAGAAGGGCAAGAAGGUUUAAUUGUUGAAUCUUCUAGUAGUGAUUUAACUUCUGGAACUCCAAUCUGUCUAAACAUUCGUCCUCAAUCCCCAAUGUCCUCUCCUAUUGCAAACAUGGCUCCCGGCGCUGCAGUCAAUGGAGGAACUUUUGGUAGCAGAAUUCUUCAGAGCCAGAUACGAGUUAACAGUCAUCAGAGCCCACAGGAACCUAGUCCACCUGAAAUUUCCUCCUUCUCAGAGUCUUUAAAAUCUAAGUUCUCUUCUGCAACUGCCAGAUACAAGGAGUCAAUCUCAAAGGGCACUAGAGGUUUGAAGGAGAAGAUACUUGCACGCAACAGCUCAGUCAAGGAGCUGAGUAAGGGAGUUCAGCGUGAGAUGAGUGCUGGAAUUGCUGGUGUUGCCCGAAUUAUUGAGCGCCUAGACCUGACUCCUAAGCGAUCUGGAACCUCUGCUUCUGUCGCUGGUCAUGUCGUAGAAACUUCGAAUUUCUCCACCAGGGAAAAGAGUUCUCUGGAGGAUCUUCUGACUCAAUCUUUUAGAGAUGGUACAGAAAUAGUGCACAACAUAAGUCCAGAUGCAGAAUUGCAUGACAUGGGUAAUAUCCCAGGUCGACUUGAAGUUAUUCCAACCCAGGAGAGACAUUGACGCUGCUGUAUUGUGGGAUGGCCGUGAGCUAUAUUGGUUUUUCUACUUGUGGCUCGUGCGAAGGCAAGUGAAGCAAGUGACGUACUGUUAGAAAACCAACUUCCUCAUUGGUUUCUGCGUCCUGCAUCCACUGUUCAUGUGAAGGAACCAUCAGCUGAUUGUUUAACAUAUGAAAGCAUUCUUUCUAUGUACUUGUGGGUAUUGAAGAGUCAUUGGAUAAUUCUCAUAUUGCUUAUGUUUCUAUUCACAAAGUCGCUUGCACCUUCAAGAAUUCAAAGAUACUUCCAUUUCCUCCUAUACAAUUUACUAUGGACAGACCAAGAUGCUGAAUGUCUUUCACUAUGGGGAUCAUACAGAAACACUUCUCCAA